AUGCAGCGCGUGCUGAUGCAGGAGACGGAGCAAAAGAAGAUUGAGUCGGACAAGAAGCAUGAGGAGCUGAUUGCCAAGUGGAAGAAGCAGCUGGAGGUCAAGGCACGUGCGUUUGAGUCAUUGCAGAAGAAGUUUGCGCCGCCGAGGGACCUCGAGCAGCUACGUAUCAAGAUCCAGGAGGAGCUGGAAGGGCCGUACCAACAACGCAUUGACAACCUGCAGGAUGAGGUGGAGAGGCAUCGCCAGAUGAGCUUUGACAUGCGGCGUGAGUUUGAAGCUCUGAAGACCGAGUACGAGCAGUUCUCGAUCGAUCAGGGAAACGAAAUGGAGUGUAUUCAUGAAACUUAUGAAGUGACGCUGAAUGAUUUGAGACGGAAGUUAAGGCUAGCCGAAGAAUCAGCAGCCAACUCGAACCAGACCGAGGAAAUUCGGCGUCUGGAGCAGCAGAGGGAAGCUGCACAAAUUGAACUGAAGGCGCUUCGCGAAGAAGUCCGCGAUGUGCGGGAAGAGUUGCAACGUGUAUCGGAACAGAGUGAAGAUGACAAAAGUGCCCAUGAACUGCGCUUGGCAGAUGAUGCGACGCGAAAUGCGACGCUGGAGUUAGAUUUAAAAGCUUGCAAUCGGCAGCUAACCAGAGCAAAGGAUGAGUGUGAAAGCAUCCGAUCUAAGUGGGAUCACGCCCAGAAUAAGCUCCUAGAACUUGCCUCAGAGAGCGAAGGUAUACGCGAACAACUGAAGCAAAAGGAGGCGCUCAUCUUCAGUAGUCACAACUCGCUCUCCAUGAAACUUCGAGAUGAACGGGCUACAUGGGAACGGGAGCAGUCGAACCUGAAGGAGCGCGUCAGUGAACUAGUGCUGAAGCUUCAAGCAGCUGAGGCUGCUGCACAAAAGAAUUCCACUGCAGCUGCCCAACUAAGAGAAAAUGACAGUAGUAGCACGGAUCAUUCACUACUUCUGAAAGCGCACGAGGAUGACUUGGAUAAGUACCGUGCACUUGUUGCAGAAGCAGAGAAAAAGGUAUUGAGUAGGGUCAUGUUGCACCUAAAGCGUGUUUCUUACACUCACUGGCUAAUAUUUCUCUGUGGGGCUACGCAUGAAGCUGAAGAGACCACUCACAAGCUUCAAAUGGAAAAAGAAAGUAUUAACAAAAUGCUGCAAGCACUGGAGGCUGAAAAGGAGGUUAUGGUUGCUAAGCAGGCGUCUUCGCAUGAACUGGUUUCUCGGAUGAAGUCAGAAUGUGUAACACUGCGUACAAAGCUGAAGGACAUCGAGAAUGACUACCGUACUCUUCAAGCAAAACACCGAGAGGUUAUUCAGUACCAAGAAGACGUACAGCUUGAAAGGGAAGAGGCCCAAGGAAAGCUCAAGUAUAUGGAACAGGAUUAUGCGAUUUUGUUGGAGAAACUUGACAAAGAGAAGGAGAGCCACGCAACCACAGCCCGAGACUUACAUAGAAAAUACUCAAAGCUAGAAAGCGAUUUUCAAGCCCAACUUGCAGCACUUCAACGAGAGACUCGCGCUGCGUUAUCCAAAGCGCUACGGGAGCUAAGCAAGACGCAGAAAAAGCGCGAUGCUUACAAGCGCAAGUGCUUAGAGAUUCAUGAGAGCUACAAACAGCUUGUGGAGGAAAUGAAUCGCCGGGAGACCAAGUUGCAACUGAGCAGACAGCAACACACAGCCGAGCUCCAGCAGCUGCUAGCACAGCUUUCCGAGGCCGAGAGUGACAAGACAGCUUUGAUGCAGCGCCAGAUAGAGCUGGGAUUCCCUCCAAGUGUUUCAACGAAGAAGCAAUGUUGCAUGCAGCCCUCUGGGACCCGAUCAGCCGAACCUGCUGAAAAUUGA